GUGGCCAAUUUCAUGGGCGGCAUCAUGGCUGGCAGCUCAGGCUCGGAGCACGGCGGCGGCGGCUGCGGAGGCUCGGACCUGCCCCUGCGCUUCCCCUACGGGCGGCCCGAGUUCCUGGGGCUGUCUCAGGACGAGGUGGAGUGCAGCGCCGACCACAUCGCCCGCCCCAUUCUCAUCCUCAAGGAGACCCGGCGGCUGCCCUGGGCUACUGGAUACGCAGAGGUCAUCAAUGCCGGGAAGAGCACGCACAAUGAAGACCAAGCCAGCUGCGAGGUGCUCACCGUGAAGAGGAAGGCAGGGGCCGUGGCCUCCACCCCCAACAGGAACUCCACCAAGAGGCGGUCCUCCCUUCCCAAUGGGGAGGGGCUGCAGCUGAAGGAGAACGCGGAAUCGGAGGGCGUGUCCUGCCACUACUGGUCGCUGUUCGACGGGCACGCGGGGUCGGGCGCCGCGGUGGUGGCGUCGCGCCUGCUGCAGCGGCACGUGGCGGAGCAGCUGCGCGAGCUGGGCACCCCGCCCACGCGCUUCUUCACCGAGAAGAAGAUUGCGCACGAGUGUCUGGUCAUCGGGGCCCUGGAGAGCGCCUUCAAGGAGAUGGACUUACAGAUAGAACGAGAGAGGAGUUCAUAUAACAUAUCUGGUGGCUGCACAGCCCUCAUUGUCAUUUGCCUCUUGGGGAAGCUGUAUGUAGCAAAUGCUGGGGACAGCAGGGCCAUAAUCAUCAGAAAUGGAGAAAUCAUCCCCAUGUCUUCGGAAUUCACCCCAGAGACAGAGCGCCAGCGACUUCAGUACCUGGCAUUCAUGCAGCCUCACUUGCUGGGAAAUGAAUUCACACAUUUGGAGUUUCCAAGGAGAGUGCAGAGAAAGGAACUUGGAAAGAAGAUGCUCUACAGGGACUUUAAUAUGACAGGCUGGGCCUACAAAACCAUUGAGGACGAUGACUUGAAGUUUCCUCUAAUAUAUGGAGAAGGCAAGAAGGCCCGAGUGAUGGCGACUAUCGGAGUGACCAGGGGACUGGGGGACCAUGACCUGAAGGUGCACGACUCCAACAUCUACAUCAAACCCUUCCUGUCUUCAGCUCCAGAGGUAAGAGUCUACGAUCUCUCCAAAUAUGAGCAUGGAGCAGAUGAUGUGCUGAUCCUGGCAACCGAUGGACUGUGGGAUGUCUUAUCAAAUGAAGAAGUGGCAGAAGCCAUCACUCAGUUUCUUCCUAACUGUGAUCCAGAUGACCCUCAUAGGUACACACUGGCAGCUCAGGACCUGGUGAUGCGUGCCCGUGGUGUCCUGAAGGACAGAGGAUGGCGGAUAUCUAAUGACCGGCUGGGCUCAGGAGACGACAUUUCUGUAUAUGUCAUUCCUUUAAUACAUGGAAACAAACUGUCAUGAAAAUGACUCAGGGGAUUGGAAGACCAGAAGGAAGAAAGCUGGGAAGCCUUUGGCAGGGCGGGGCUGGGAAGUGCCCGGCGGAGUUCCAGGCGAUGCCACCUCUUCCCAGCCCAGACGGGGAGUUUGCUGCCGAAAGGCCUCUGGCUGUGCUGCGAGAGGAUCAUUAGGUUUGGGUUUCCUCUUUAGUAAUGGGUCUGGAUACUCAACAAAGGCAAAACAUAAAGGCUGCUACUGAGUGUUGUUUUUUUGGUUCUUUAAUAGGCCUCCUAAGUGGCCAUUGCCUAUUUUGGGCACAUACAUCAUAUUUAUUUUAUCUGGAGUGCUGGGGCAGCCAUUUUCAGGUGUAACUGGCAGAAGACUGGCCUGUCAAGCUGCCAGUUUCUCUACGGGUUCAAGUGCUGCGUUGGAACGUUGGGGAUCAUGCCUCAGAAAGUGAGCGCCCACCUUCUAGUAAGCCUGAGAUUGAUUUCAGGGAAUACUAUCUGUGUGUGUCUCUCUCAUUCUUUCAUGGUGAUGAUGGGGUGAGGCAGGGAUUUUUUUUUUUCCUUGAAUCUUAAUUGUUUCCAUAGACCAGGCCUGGGACUUUCCAGCUCCUUGCUGAGGAAUUUGUGUGUCAAAGUCCAGCCCAGGCUGUCGCCGUAUCCAGCAGCCCACGCCACCCAGGCGGCCAUCUGGAGCGGUGCCCUGGCUAACAGAGUAAUGUCUUUGUUGUGUAAUAAUCUGUUUCUGAGUUGACUUUUCUCACUAAAUCAGUGUUUUCAUGAAAUUUGGGGUAUUUCUUUGGGCCAACAGUUCCUCUAUUUUCUUCAAGGGUCCCCCUUAUGUAGCUUAAGGUUUCUGUUUGUUUUUGAAUCUGGGUUUUCAUUUCUGGAAUGAUUGCUUCCAACCCCCAACCCAUCCCCCACUGUGCCAUGAGGACGCACGUAAAGCAGUGUUUAUUACAGCUGUGUAGGAGGUCCCUUGUGUCAGACGGUUUACGGUACCUCAUUUCAGCACCAUUCCUCUACUUUGGAUCCAGGUUCCAUGGGCUGAGACAGUCCCCAGGCCCACUCCAAACAUGUAAGGAACAGCAGGUCUACUCUCCCCAUCAUCUUCGGACAAGGCCCACGCAGACUGAAUUUGAUAAAACGGAAUUUGAAUUGGGUUCUCUGGUCAUUCUCAUGCUCUACACCUGCUGCUUCUCCGCAGAAUCAGGCCCCAGCCACCCAACCACUCACACCCGUCCCCACUGUUGCUCCGCCUCUGAGUGUUCCUCACAGAGCAUCCACAGAAGCGGUGGACAGAUCAGAUCUACCUGCUGCUUUACUGCCGGGAGGAAUUGCAAAAUAGAUUUCUAGAAAUCACUUCUCUCUCUUAGACUCCUGCUCUGCAUGGGGGAGCUUGUAGAGCAACAUCCAGUUACCGAGGCUUCUUCCUGGAGAGCUCCUGUACUUUCACCACCAUCUGGAUAACUUCUUGUAAUUAAAACAUUCAAUAGAGUCAUUGGUGUGAUCCCCCAAAAUGCUGGAGAGCCCAUUCCAGUUCUCAUGUUUGUUUGAAUCCCUUCCCCACAGGAGAGGACAGGAACCUUUCCUCCGGGAUGGUUCAUCGCCUGCAUUCCUGGAGUUAGAGGUAUUUUCUUAGGAAUGGCCUGGAGCCCUCCUAUUCUGUGUUCCUCCCACAGUGUGGAAACACUGCCCAGCCUGGCCGUGCAGUACUGUGGGAAUUCACCCAUCAGGUGGUUGCCAAAAUGUUGCCUGGGAAGAACUGGACGACAGCCUUGUCAGGAGUCCUCUUUACCUGAUGGCUUCUCUCCUCUCCCGUAAACCUUAGCUACCCCAAACACCUCUGUGGAGGGGAGUUUGUGGUAGACUGUUGGCUUCUCUGGCGGAAUAUUAUGCUGUGGAAAAACAUGUAGGCAUCCUAUAUCGGUCUGGUUUAUUUUCUGUUCCUGCCUUGACUGCCACAUACAAAUUGGGAACUUGAGUUUCCCUUGGAAGGCUCCAGGCCACCAGCUUUAGGAAGCAGUCACCUCUUUCCUGUGUUUCUAUUGCCUUUCAUUAUUUUCCUUUCCCGGGUGUCUAUGUAGGCCCUAUCUUGAGCUUGUCUAUCUUUUAAUUCGACUGUGAGAGUCAGUUUGUGCGUAGACAUGUAGAUGUCAUGACAACCUUCUAGUCAAUUCAUCGAUUCAUUUACUGCCAAGGCAUGUCUCAGGAAAAACUCUGGAACCCCCGUAUUCAAUAUAUCUUGAAGUCUUGCGCAUUUAGUCCUACUGGUUUUAGUUAGACAGGUACCUAGGAAUUCUUUUCAUAAGCCCCUUUGGUUGGAAAGGGCUCAGGAGCAGAAUGAAGCCAUGAUUCUGUUUGGGGGAUAGGAAGAAAACUACAAAUGAGGCAAGUAAAUCAAAUGUGGAAAAAUGAUUUGUUAAUGCGCAUAGCAAAUCUACCCGGCACUGAUAUUGCUCUGUGCAUUGAGCUUCCUCCGCUUGGGCUUUAUUUUUUACCCAGGCCCCACGUCACCCCGUCCCAGAGCAGUAACUGUGUCUGUAUAACACGUAGGCCCCUGGAGCAUCCCUGGAAAGGUCAAGAGGCAACACAUUCAAAAUUCUGCAGAAUGCAUUUAUACAUGGUUCUGAAAUUACGUGGUAUCUGAGUUAUAGCCAAACCUGCGUCUCCUCAUAGCCCCAGAGGAAGUCUUGUUUAAUAAAAAGCUUUCAACUUCCUAGUCAGGUCUUUAUGGUUGUCUUGGGGGGGUGCGGCCACUUCCUUUAAUGAAAGGCUCUUUCGGUUCUAAAUCUCCUUGCUGGGCUGGCCCCUGCUCUUUAGCAUAUCUGGUGACUCUCUCUUCCUUAAAGAGAGCAAACUGCAGCCUUUUCCCAGCGACAGCCAAGCCUUUGCGGGAUCACCUGAAAUCAGGGCAGGCCGCAGUCGGAGGGGAAGAGGAGGCGCUCUGCGCGCUGUGCUUACAUAACUGCUGCUCUUGGGGUGGGACGUGGCAGCUGAAAAUCCGGCCAGGCCACGUACUCAGCUGUCUAACAGGACAAAGCCCAAAAAAAAGUGGGAAUUUUAGGUCUUUUCCACAGUAUUCAGCUUUGGGAAAUUUAGGGCAUUUAACUUUCUUAAUCGUUAGCAACUUACCUCCGUGGGGCUGGAUGAAACCAGCUGUGCUCACUCUCCUCUUACUCUUCUCAAUACUCACUGACUUUUGGGGAGACCUACAGCUGUAAAUAGAUAUUGGUGGGCAGGGACGAGCGUCCCAGUGCCCAGAUUUGGCUGUGGAUCGUGGCCGUUCAGGUGGGAUUUUCUGGUUUACCAAGAGGAAAUGGAAAUACUUAGAAAAAAACCCGCCCAAAUCUGUAAAAUUCUGAUUCUCCUCCUGAUCUCACCUCCUUUCUCAUCUGCCAAUCAACUUUAUUUACAAAGCCAGGAGUGGUCGGUGGUUUUCUUUCCGCCACAGUUUGCGGGUCUAACCUUUCCUUAAAUCACCCAGCGGUUCCACUCCUUUCAGAGUGAAUCUGUUAAGCUUUUAUGAGCUUCUAUUUUCAGUUAAGUUAGUGCUUCUGGGACAUUUGGAGAAAGCAGUGAGAGUCAUUGUCUAUGCAAAGAACAACCAGGCUGACCCAAAAAGUUACCAGAUCUAAGAAAAAGGUAAAAAGCGUACGUUAGGAAGUUGGAUUUUUGAGAAUUUGCAAUUGCAGAGAAAUUUUGCAGCCUGCACACCAUAGCCCAUCUUGCUGAGCAAACUGGUUCUGUGUGGGUGACAUGUGUACACUGGGAUUUUUCAAAAGACACUACACGAGCAGCCCGAUUUGCCUCUUCGUGAGCACCGUGGCAGCUCUUUUCAGAUCUGAGUGCCAGUCUGGGGAGUACCGCACUUUCUAAUCCACGACCUUAUCUGUAAAUAGCUUUAAUUUUUCCUUUGCGUCUUAGAUGAAGUUUUGUUCGUGCGGAGACCAGGUAGAUGGUGACCAAACGAGGCUGUACGUGUGCUGUUGUUUUCUACUGUGAUGUACUUGAAGGAGAACCUCGUGGCCCCCACUCUCCCAAUCCUCCAUAGUAUUUUGUGUUUUGGGGAGUCCUGAGGUUACCCCUUUACUCCUGUUUUGCCUCCAUUUCCUUUGUUUCUCCUGGAGACCCAGGGAGGCCCACAGUGGAGAUCAUUUGUUAGGAAUGUAUCAUAAAGUCUGGGUUUCCAAGAAUAGCCUCUGUGCAGUGAAUGAGAGGAAUCUGCCCGGAAAUGGUCUCAGAAGUGUGUACCUUUAUGCUUUGUGAUUGUGAAACCUUGACUUUUGUAACCUAAAAGUGAAAAACGUACAGUAAUGGGGAUCUAUUUUGUGUGUUUCGAAACUUAGGUGCAAUGUUCCCUGGAAAAAGCUAAAGAAAUGUAUAUGCUCAAUGACAUUUUAAAAUAAAAUAUUAUAUAUAUGUA